AUGUCAAUAUCACUUCUUUCAAAUACAUAUAAUCGACAAAAUUGGGAAGAUUCAGAGUUUCCAAUUUUAUGUCAAACAUGUCUUGGUGAUAAUCCAUAUAUUCGAAUGAUGAAAGAACGAUAUGGUCAAGAAUGUAAAAUUUGUAAUCGUCCAUUUACAAUUUUUCGUUGGUGUCCAGGAGCUCGUAUGCGUUUUAAAAAAACAGAAAUUUGUCAAACAUGUAGUAAAUUAAAAAAUGUUUGUCAAACAUGUUUACUUGAUCUUGAAUUUGGUUUACCUGUUCAAGUUCGUGAUGAAGCAUUACAAAUAACUGAUACUAUUCCAAAAGGUCAAGUUAAUAAAGAAUAUUUUACACAAAAUGCUGAAGUUCAAUUGUCACUUGAACAAACACCACAACCAUAUGGUCAAUUAGCUAAAGCACAACCACCAAGUGAUGUUUUAGUGAAAUUAGCUCGUUCAGCACCAUAUUAUAAACGAAAUCAACCUCAUAUAUGUUCAUUUUAUGUAAAAGGUGAAUGUAAACGAGGUGAAGAAUGUCCAUAUAGACAUGAAAAACCAACUGAUCCAGAUGAUCCAUUAUCAAAUCAAAAUAUUCGUGAUCGAUUUUAUGGUGUUAAUGAUCCAGUUGCAGAAAAAUUAUUAUCACGUUAUAAAGAAUUACCACAAUUAGAAACACCAGAAGAUAAAACAGUAACAACACUUUACAUUGGAAAUGUUGUUGAUAUGGAUGAACAACAACUUCGAGAUCAUUUUUAUCAAUAUGGAGAAAUUCGUUCAGUAACUGUUGUACCUAAACAAUCAUGUGCAUUUGUACAAUUUACACAACGUGAUGCAGCUGAAGAGGCUGCAAAAGAAUCAUUUAAUAAAUUAGUUAUUGAUGGCAAACGUUUGACUGUUAAAUGGGGUAAACCACCAUCAGUACAAGGAAGUAGCGGUCGACCAGGUGAAGGAGGUGCUUUUGAAGCUAAUUAUGAACCUGUACCUGGUCUUCCAACAGUUGUUCCAAUGCCAUCAAAUGAAUUAAAAACGGACUUUUUCGGUUUAUCAUCAUCAUCAAAUGCUGGUGUUGCUGCAACUACAACAUCGUUUCUACCACCACCGCCAAUGCCACCACCAGAUCUUGGUGAUUAUACAUCAUCAUUAUCUUAUGGUAUGCCGCCUCCAUUAUCAUCGUUGCGUACUAGUGUACAUUAUCCAUCUCAAGAUCCAUCACGUGUUGGUUCAACAGCUUCUCAUGGAAAACCUAAUGAAUAA